GCAGAAGGCACGCGAGCCCUGUCCAUAGACCACGCUUUCAUCCCCACCUUGUCUCCCACACAAAUGUCGCCGGCGCGGCGCCUCGCCGUGCUCCGCUCCCACCUCCAGCCCGCCGCCCCUGCCGGCGAAGGCGACCGGGACGUCGUCGUGUGCGCGGAGCAAGCCGCGGGGGUCUCGACCUCCCCUUGCUCCGCCGCCGCCGCCGGGGGCGGGCGGGAAGCCGAGGGGAAGAGCUGCGUGUUCUGCCGGAUCAUCCGCGGCGAGGCGCCGGCCUUCAAGGUCUAUGAAGAUGAUGUAUGCCUGUGCAUAUUGGAUUCUCAUCCAUUGGCGCCUGGGCAUUCCUUGAUUAUUCCAAAAUGCCAUUUUCCAUCACUGGAAGCAACACCACCACAUGUAGUAGCAGCCAUGUGUUCCAAAGUGCCAUUUCUUAGUAAUGCAAUUAUGAAGGCUACUCAAUGUGAUUCAUUUAACAUGGUGGUUAAUAAUGGAGCAGCUGCAGGACAAGUUAUUUUCCAUACCCAUUUCCACAUAAUUCCUCGAAGAUCUGGCGACAAGUUGUGGCCUACAGAGAGUUUGAGAAGGCGCUCCAUCGAGCCUAACGAAACUCCAGGCCUUGUUAGCUGCAUCAAAGAGCAGCUCUAUUCUUCACCAGAAGGCUGUAAAGCCGAACCACCAUCUUCACUGCCCAAGGAACGGUGACACCAAAGCUGUGAUCCAGUCCGGUACAUAAUGCUCCUCAGUUGCAUAUUGAAAUCAAAUUGCCCCAUUUGGGAGUGUGGGAUUCAGUUUCAGAGUUGGAGGGUGUAUGGUAAUUUAUCCUUGGGCGUUGUUGUACUUGUAAUAGUUUCUCAUAGGUCUGCAACUGUAUCUGGUGUAUAAAUCAGACAACAAGGACUCAGUACAGCAUUGUUAUGCCCUGCUGUCGGGUGUCUGCCUGUCUGGUUUCCUCACUUUCUGGAGUGGGGCUGAAAUCCAACAGCCAUGUUGUACUGUGUUUGGCACUUUGGCUGGUAGUGGAUGAUAGCCAUGGCGAAGCUGAAGAUUUGUGGACAGAGCAUGGGGUUGUGUUGGGUUUGAUGCGUGGAAGUGUGUUUGGACUCUCACACGGCAGCGGCCACGCGGAUUUUGUUGUGGGCUCGAUCUGCUUCUCCAGUUGUGAUGCGCAGCAUCAUUUCACUUAUGUUUAUAGGUACGAUUCAUCGUAUGAGUAUAUCUAUUCUUCAUACGACUCUUGCAUA